UGAUUGCUACUGAGAUAUUUUUCAAAACCCUAAAACCUGUACCCCUCUCUCUACUCCUUUCUAUUACAGCUCACUGACAAUGGCAUCUUUAGCUCUACCUGGAAGCUUUCUUGAUGUCAACAAAACCUGCCACUGUAGAUAUGCUGCUCGAAACUCUAUUAUAAGGUGUAAUGUGGCGGAACCACUAAUGUUUAACAAAGAGAAUGGGAGACCAGGCAUGCCCCUCCAGGUUAAUGGAGACCCUUCAUUUUCUAAUCUCUUGAACGCCAAUCAGCUAAGAAGAUUUCCAGUUGCACACGGUCACACUGAUACCAGACUCCGUAUUUUUUCUGGGACUGCCAAUCCUGCACUUUCUCAGAUUCGAGUUAUCAAGGACUGUUGAGGAAAGGUCACACAUGGACUCCUGGGCAAGGGGUUCCUGAAAUUGCUAGCAACAUGGGUUUGGAACUUGGAAAGAUAAUGAUUAAACGUUUUGCUGAUAGCGAGAUUUAUGUCCAGUUACAAGAGAGUGUUAGGGGUUGUGAUGUAUAUCUUGUCCAACCUACCUGUCCUCCUGCUAAUGAAAAUCUGAUGGAACUCUUGAUAAUGAUUGAUGCUUGUCGUAGGGCCUCAGCCAAAAAUAUCACUGCAGUGGUUCCUUACUUUGGGUAUGCCCGUGCUGAUCGUAAGACUCAAGGUCGUGAAUCAAUUGCCGCCAAACUUGUAGCAAAUCUGAUAACAGAAGCUGGUGCAGAUCGAGUCCUUGCUUGUGAUCUCCAUUCUGGCCAGUCAAUGGGCUAUUUUGACAUUCCAGUGGAUCAUGUACCUGGCCAGCCUGUCAUACUUGACUACCUUGCGAGCAAGACUAUCUGCUCUGAUGAUCUAGUUGUGGUAUCUCCUGAUGUUGGGGGGGUUGCAAGGGCAAGAGCUUUUGCCAAGAAGCUGUCUGAUGCACCCCUAGCUAUCGUGGAUAAAAGGCGUCAUGGACACAAUGUUGCUGAGGUAAUGAAUUUGAUUGGUGAUGUCAGGGGAAAAGUGGCAGUUAUGGUUGAUGACAUGAUUGAUACGGCUGGUACUAUUGCAAAAGGAGCUGCUCUUUUGCAUCAAGAAGGAGCCAGGGAAGUUUAUGCAUGCACGACUCACGCGGUUUUCAGCCCUCCUGCAAUAGAGAGAUUGUCGAGUGGACUGUUUCAGGAGGUAAUCAUCACAAAUACCAUCCCGGUUGCAGAACAGAACUAUUUCCCCCAGUUGACCAUCUUAUCUGUGGCAAACCUCUUGGGUGAAACCAUUUGGCGUGUCCACGAUGACUGUGCGGGAGGCUUUGAGCCUUACUCAAAUUUGGGCAUUGAUUAGUUAGUUCCCAUUCAUUGGCUGUCAUGGAACUGUUGUCUAUAACUUGAAGCAGAAUUGUAUAUCCAACAAAUGUCCAUCCAGUAACGAAGUGAGAAUUUUCAACUGUAAAAAUCUUGCUUGCAUAAUGUUAUGUUGUAAAUCUUUCAAGAGGUGACUUGAGUUGAGUCCCUGAUGUAAAUAAGCUUUGGGAUGAGUUCUUUUUUUUUUUUUUUUUCAUGGUGACUAAUACCUCCCAUUCUUGAACUCUGCCUAUAUGAAGAUUUACUGAAAUAGCUGCUACCUUAGCAUCACACAACACACAUA